AUGUCCUCGUUGAUUGCAUUAUGUCAUACGCGGUGCAUCUGGCCGGGCUCUAUAUAUCCUCGUUGGUUGCAUUGUAUCAAACGUGUACUGGUCAGGCUUACAUAUCCUCGUUGGUUCCAUUGUGUCAUAUGCAAUGCGUACUGGUCGGUGCUCUGUGUAACCUCGUCGGUUGCGUUUGACCAAAUGCAAUGCGUACUGGCCGGGCUCUAUAUAUACUCGUCGGUUGCAUUAUAUCAGCGCGUACUGGCCGGGCUCUAUAUAUCCUCGUCGGUUACAUUGUAUCAAACGCGUACUGACCGGGCUCUAUAUCCUCGUCGGUUGCAUUGUAUCAAAUGCAAUGUGUACUGGCCGGGCUCUAUAUAUCCUUGUCGAUUAUGUUGUAUCAAACGCAAUGCGUACUGGCCGGGCUCUAUAUAUCCUCGUCUGUUGCAUGGUAUCAAACGUGUACUGGCCGGGCUCUAUAUUUCCUCGUCGGUUGCAUUGUAUCAAACGCAAUGCGUACUGAUCGGGAUCUAUAAUCCUCGUCG